AUGUAUAAUGGACUUGGAUCUGUAUGGAUUCAAUGCCCUGCGGCUGUGGCCAAUCAAAUUACUCAAGAAGGAAAUCUGAAGCUAGGAUGGACUAUAGCUCGGACAAAACUCCUCCGGAAAAGGCCUCUUCAAUGUUAUAAAUGUUGGGCGUACGGACACGUUAAAUUCUCGUGCACGUUCAAAAUCGAUAGACGUAGAAUGUGCUACUACUGUGGCAUGGAAGGUCACUCGAUCAAGAAUUGUUGCGCGGAAGUUCCCAGCUGUGCAAUAUGUAGAGAUCAAAAGCUGCCUCAUAGACGAGUGGGUGCUAAAGGCUGCAGCAUGGAGCAAUCGACAACAAGUGGCAAACCGCUGCCACGCAUCAAGUUGACAGAGAGAAGAAAAGCGAUAGGAAUGCCGGGUCGGAGGCCGGAAAAUAUGGAAAUAGAGGAUGCGAUUUAA